AUGGGGUCGAGGGAAACCGGCUUUGGACAUGCUGCUCACGGUGGCAAGGAUCAGAUUGCAUCCGCGUGGGGUCAUCUGUCUCGCAUCUGGGGCGUGCAAUUCGUACAAGAACAGGUCGGCGAGAACGGAAAUAGAUUGUGGCUUUUAUCACGAGGUGAAGAUGGUGCAUGUCAAUUGUGGACCAUUGAGCUCCCUGCCCAGACUCGACCGGAGUUGCAUUCAACGACACUUCUCAGACCAGAGUCAAGUGAUCGACAUCACUUUGGGAAGAAUGCAUGGUCUAUGUCUUGCGUCAAUGAAGGCCAAGGUUUGCUCGUUCACACUGGCGGUGCUGACGGGCAGAUAAUCUCCAGAAAACUCGACAUCCCUCGUGGAAGCAUGGGUUACUCUUUAACCCUCUCAGAACCCUUUGCGGAAAUUACUGGUUCUUCGAUGGCAUUGAAGAAUUAUUUAUUGGUGGACUCGCAUGAAUGCCUCGCGACCACGGACAACGGCGAUCUGUUCCGACUGACCGCUGAGCACGGCGGGCUGAACUGGAGUAAACUGAUGCAGAAUCCAGGAAAAGGUGGUCUUGUGCUAUGCCCGGCUGGAAGCCAACAGCUCGUUCUCGUUGCAUCUCAGAGAGGCGGACUUACUGCGUUUCUCAUUGGUCUCAAAUCUGUAGUACCAGUCAAAUGUGACCUUGAAUGUGGAAUCUCUUGGAUGCAGCUUGCCUCUCAACGGUCGACGAGAGUACCGACUUCGACAACUUGCGUUAUUGCCGUCCUGGCGAACAAAAAUGCACUCAUCCUCUGGGUGAACAUGAAAGACAGUUCAGUUCAGGUGAGCCAUACACGUCUGAGAAUGCCAGAAACAUUCAUUAUUACAUCCUGUUGUUACGACAGCUCAAGCGGACUGUUGCUUCUGGGCUCUCGUGCUGGUGCGCUUGCGGUAUACCCCCAUGUGACAGCUGAAUCAGAAACAUCCGGGGAACCGCGCUGCCUCCGCCAUGCCCACGGCACGGAUAGUGUCACUUCGAUCAGUAUUCUAGGGCAAGAUCCGAAGCCUUUCACAAAAUCGAUACACAUCCUAACAACAGGGCGCGACGGCAUUUAUGCGAUACAUCGUGUCAACUGGCUAUCAUCUGGAGACGGGACAGGACCCACUGUGUCCAUCGUUCACCUCUCUGCGCCUCCAUUCGGCCCCAGCAUUGAAGGCGCUUUCUUUACUUCCACUGAAGGAUUACCACCUACAACAGAGCCAGAUUUGAUACUCUAUGGCUUUCGUUCGACGUUCUUUGUCGUCUGGAAUGAAACGCAGCAGUCCGAAGUGUUAUCCAUUGAAUGUGGUGGGUCUCAUCGGAGCUGGUCUUUUCGAGACUCUUCCAUGUUUUGCGACGGCGUCAUGAAGUCCUUUGUUUGGACCAAAGCUGGCAGAUUGAACUGGCACUCAGACCAAGGUUCUAGCCAUAAAGUGCUUCAAAAAGGAGGUCACGGGCGCGAGAUCAAAGCCGUGGCGCGUAGUCCUCUGCCUUACACGGACUUCAGAAACGAAGGCCACGCGCGAGUUCUUAUAGCUACAGGAGCUGAAGACACCAAUAUUCAACUCUUUGCUGUGCCCGUUGCUACAGAAAAUUCCUACCGAUCUCAACCCUCAGCGAAUUUGGCGCUGACAAAUUCCUCUACAUUUCGGGCUAUAUCAACUCUGAAGCGACACAACACAGGCAUCCAACAUCUUUUAUUCUCACCAGUUGGAGGAUAUCUUUUCAGCAGUGCUGGAUGCGACGAGUUCUAUGUGUGGAAACUCAGCUUUAAUGUGCCUGGCAUUGAAGCUGGGGUCGUGUUGUGGGACGUGAUGCCGACGGAGGAAGAGGAUUCGGAUGCGCGGAUCAUGAGUUUCGACUUGCGGUGUGCGAGCAAUGGAAGUAAGGACGCCAAAGAAGUUUACAGGAUUGUGAUGGCAUAUUCCAACGGAAAGACAAAGGUGGUACGAUACACUCCUGCACCGACCAGAAACCAAGAGAUGUUUGAGACACUACAAGAAAUCAGCCACGGUUCCUUCUGCGUCAUGCAGGCUUUGUUCCUUUCGCCCUCUUUCACCUCGGCUUCAACCUUUGGACCCGACGAGCAUCAGAUCAAGACGAUAUCUGCGGGCACCAAUGGGUUUCUGAAUCUCAGCCUUCUGGAUUCACGCCCUCUACCCAAGCACUUGGCUGUCUUACCACAUGCAGAGUCACGACUCCAAAUGGAAGUUCAUAAGGUGCAUCAAAGCAGCGUCCUGGCCAUCGACAUCGUAUCCGUUAGCCGGACAGCUUGCCUCAUCGCAACAGGUGGCGAUGACAAUGCGCUGGGUUUGACACUGCUUACUUCUCGGCCUUUGGCGACGAUCGCGUACGAAGAAAACGACACCCGAAGGCAAUUACCACACCACUUCCGAACGAUCGUCAUUCCCGCCGCCCACGCCGCUGCUCUCACAGCCUUGAAGAUCACAGAUCCUAGGCGCACACGAACAGGCUUUUCAGUUGUGGUGGUUACUGUGGGAAACGACCAGCGCGUCAGAGUUUGGAAUGUACAUGUCCGCUCGGAAAAGAACGGUGACCCUCUUCUGAGCCGAGUCGAGGAUGAUCAGUUGUUUGAAGCCAUCCAGGUCUACCCCCUCGGAAGUGGAUGGACAGCAGUCGCGGAUGUCAGUGGUCUACAGGUUAUUGAAGAUGAUCAGGGGACCAUCGUAAAUAGUAACGAGGAUAACCAGAAGGCAGGGCUUACAUUAAGGGUUUUGGUGGUGGGUGUGGGAAUGGAGUUGUUGAACAUAGAUUGUGGUGGAGACACGGCUGCUUGA